AUGCCUACCCUGGAGUUCGACAUUAUUCCCUUCGAAGACAUCAAGGGGAAGUGGAAGAAGCUCGGAUCGGGCUCCUUUGGUAAUGUGUACAAAGGAACCUACCUGGGAAUCGAUGUCGCGAUUAAGGAGGUUCUACCGUCCAAUGAGUACGACGUGUCAAAGUACUUCGAUCGCGAAUGGAGGAUAAUGAAGGAAGCUCGACAUCCUAAUGUCGUCCUCUACAUCGCUCUUUCUCGUGCGCCCCCACCCGAUAAUCGGAUAUUUAUCAUCUCUGAAUUCAUUGAGAAUGGCUCGUAUCCCUUCAUUUAUCAAUGGCGCAUCUCGGCACUUACUCCACAUUUAGGAAAUCUGCGGCAGUAUAUCUGGGAUAAAGCCAAACCAUUCCCGUGGAAGCUCCGUCUAUCAUUUGCGACUGAUAUUGUGCGAGCAAUGGCUUACCUCCACGCCCGGCAAUGCAUUCAUCGUGAUCUGAAGCCAGAAAAUCUCCUCAUCACUGCUAAUGGUCGAAUCAAGGUGACUGAUUUCGGGUUCGCACGAAUUGUGGAGCAGACUGAGGUGGAGGCAAGGAAGUUGACAUUCUGUGGAACGGACGCGUACAUGAGCCCGGAGAUACAACAAAGCGAGAAGUUUGGAUUGGAUACCGACGUCUUUUCCUUAGGGAUUAUCUUCUGCGAAAUUCUUGCUCGCAAACUGGCGGACGAACAGACAUUCUGUCGAACGGCACCAGAUUUUGCUAUCGAUCCUCACGAGGUCCGCUCACGGGCCUCGCCAGACACCCCUCCAGCAUUCCUAGACCUUGCCCUCGCGUGUUGUGCAACUAACCGGAAAAAACGACCUACAAUGGCACAAGUUCUCACCCGCCUUGGAGAAAUCGAAGUUGAACUCCUUUCCCGUGGCACAACAGUCGAGGAGCCACAUAUCGGGUCUAUCAAAUUCCUGCUUGCUCCAGAGAAGAAAAGUCCAUUCCUUAACCGCGCGACCAAACGCCCGCACAUUGAUCGGCGUAUACCCAGUUUUGGUAUGGGAAUACAUGUAGGGCGGAAGCCAGAAACGGGUCCAGCGGUUGAGACAAAGGUACCCGAGUCGGUUCGUGCUGAAGACCCCUCAGAAGAUGAAGAAGAUGCAGAAUUGGAAGCUAUACUCGCUCAAAAUGGAGUUGCCCUUCAAAGCACUGUUGAUGAUUCCGGGAGCGACAUGUCUUGGAGGCUCACAGGGUGGAUGGCGGAAUACGCUGAUCGCCAGGCACCAAACCCUUCAGCACCGCCUGUGAACGAGAUCACCCAGCAAGAUUUAUCAGACAGUGUGGAAUCUAUCAUAGCUCAUGCCCCUCUUCUUCCUGCUCACGGACCCAUUAACGAGUCCACUAUCUCAAGUUCUCACUAUUCGUCUGAGGGUUCGUCCAUUAUGACAGUCCGCCCUCAAGCUCUUUCUGCAACCCAACAGCCUGCGCCUAAGAAUCACCACCCACGUGAACCAAAUACAGCUCCUACACCUGAACCUUUCCUUGACGACAAGACGUCAUAUUUUACUGCAGGCACUCCUUCGCUGUUACCUGAUUCGCAGUGUGACCAGAUGGAGAUUGACAUCCUCCCCGAUUCCGCACCUGCCCCUAUUUCAACUGGCAAGGAAGCCACCACGCCAAUCGACCACCAAACCAAGGACGCCCCGAAUUCGGGAGGUCCCCCCCGGUUGCACCGCUUUUCUCUUGUGAAGUCGGGGAAGAAAGCUGACAGCAUUUCGGCAAUCGGUUCUCGAUCCCAUGCCGUAGUUGCAGGGCACAGUCACUCAUUAUGGAGCCCUUUUGACUUGAUUUUUGGAAAAGGAAUGUGCGGUAGAUGUGAUUUGUGCGGCAAACGUUUGGGAUGGAAACCUGUCCUUGAAUGCGAUGACUGCGGCUUGAAAGUGCAUAUGAAAUGCGGGGAAGUCGCACCGAUGGAUUGUCAGGAGCGCGAAGUUGCCUUGCGGACGAGAGCACUCCAAACACCUCCGCCCAAAUCUCCGAAGCCCCACAAGUCCCCAAAGUCCAAUCCCCCUUCCCCAAAGAAGAAAGAGGCGAAGAACAAGUGA